AUGAGUUAUGACACCAGGGUUGCCACCUUUUCAGGGUACAGCCACCCCGCAGGGUUGAGUGUGGGGAACAAGACAAUGGGGAAAGUGUCGCCCAAGGAGAAGACUCGGAGGGUUAAAGGGAGGAGGCAGUCACGGAGCUCCGGGAACAAGUACCUCAGGCCCGGGACUCUCGCUCAGCUUCGCUCCUCCAAGCCUUCAGGUUCGGCUUCCGCUUCAGGAAAGUGUUGCUGCACCGAUCUCGGCAAGAAGAGGGUGGCUGUCUUGCAUGCCGGAAAUACUGCAAAGGGGCAUGCCGAGAAUGCCAGGGUUUUCGAUAAGAGUCCUGUCAUGUUGUCGCCUGUCAAUUUGGUUAGCCACGGUGUUGGUUUAGUUGGAACCCCCAAAACCCCUCGCCUCGAUGAUUCCCUUUCGGAAUCCAAGCUCGAGUCUCUCCCCAUGGAGUUGUUGGUUAAAAUACUAUGUCUCUUGCACCAUGACCAACUGAGAGCUGUCUUCCAUGUAUCUCAGAGAAUUAGAAAAGCUGUUAUGAUUGCAAGGCAAUUUUACUUCAAUUAUACUACGCCAGAUCGCUCUCGGCAAGAGAUGUUAAGCACAAUGACUCCUCGUCCUACUGAGCAUUGGCCCUUUUUGUGCAAGGGUGAUGGGAAGGGAGUGAGAGUUCCAAGCCCACACACACCUAAAGCACCCAAACAUGGGCCUCGACCUCCUUCUCGCCUAAAAGUUUCUGAGAUGCGGCAGGUUGCAGCUGUUCUUUUCCCAGAGUCAGCUUUCCCUUCUCGUUGCUUGGUGCCAUCAGUUAUAACAAAGCCCCUAUACAAAUCUUUGGCUUCUAAUAGAGUUCUCUUCUAUGAAGAUGAACUUUGUCAGGCAGUUGCUCAGAAUAAACUUCGCUGA